AUGUUAAUGAGUCCUGUGCAACGUGACGAGCUCUUCACAACAACAGCCUCAGCCAACACCAAUGCUACGACUUCAGCAACAAAUACCACUUCUGCUUCUAACAUCAACAUCUCUUCAACUGCAUUGGCAGAUAUCCUGUCUGCUGACGCCCACCCUGUGCAACCUGCUACAGAUUCUCCUACAUCCUUGCACACUGCUACUACUCCAGACGAACCAUCUACUUCUCCAAUGGUACCUGAGACUGCACCAACUUCACCAGCUUCACUAGAAAAUACACCAGCCGCACCUGAGACUACACCAGCUUCACAGGUACCUACACCUGAUGCUUCUGCAAACGAACACUUGUUUUCCGAUGAUGACUCUACUGCCUCGAUUGACGUUGAAGCACAAUCACCAUCUCCAGCAACAGUGGAGUCUCCAAGAGUCUCCGCACUAUAUGAUCAACGUGAAAAACUUACACUUGGAACUCCCGAAUACAGACGCCUCUCCAGCAAAAUACCCAACACAAGGUAUGCGGAAUGCCUGCUGAAUGAUCCAAACUUAAAGUACACACUAAGGAACGAAGUAAUCUUCGUUGAAUGCGACGAAACCACAUUGUCAAAGGACCUUUUCCCACCAGACUACGCCGAGUACAAACAUCAAAUGAUUACUCGAAGCAAGAAGAAAGAAGAAACACGAAAUUGA